AUGGCCAGGCCGCAGCCACCACCCUGGGUCCACGCAGCCGUCCUCCUCUGCCUCCUCGGCCUGGGCGGGGCCAUCGAGAUUCCUAAGGAUCUGUCCCAGCCCCCGACUAUCACCAAGCAGUCGGUGAAGGACCACAUUGUGGAUCCCCGCGACAACAUCCUGAUCGAGUGCGAAGCAAAGGGGAACCCGGCCCCCAGCUUCCACUGGACUCGAAACAGCAGGUUCUUCAAUGUCGCCAAGGACCCCCGGGUGUCGAUGAGGAGGCGGUCCGGGACCCUGGUGAUCGACUUCCGCAGUGGAGGGCGGCCAGAGGAGUAUGAGGGGGAGUACCAGUGCUUCGCCCGCAACAAAUUCGGCACAGCCCUGUCCAAUAGGAUCCGCCUGCAGGUGUCCAAAUCUCCCCUGUGGCCCAAGGAAAAUCUAGACCCCGUGGUGGUUCAAGAAGGCGCCCCCUUGACACUCCAGUGCAACCCGCCGCCCGGACUUCCGUCCCCCGUCAUCUUCUGGAUGAGCAGCUCCAUGGAGCCCAUCACCCAAGACAAGCGCGUCUCCCAGGGCCAUAACGGGGACCUGUAUUUCUCUAACGUGAUGGUGCAGGACAUGCAGACCGACUACAGCUGCAACGCCCGCUUCCACUUUACCCACACCAUCCAGCAGAAGAACCCAUUCACCCUCAAGGUCCUCACCAACCACCCCUAUAAUGACUCGUCCUUAAGAAACCACCCUGACAUGUACAGUGCCCGAGGAGUUUCAGAAAGAACCCCCAGCUUCAUGUACCCCCAGGGCACCGCGAGCAGUCAGAUGGUGCUGCGCGGCAUGGACCUGCUGCUGGAGUGCAUCGCCUCCGGGGUCCCCACACCAGACAUCGCGUGGUACAAGAAAGGCGGGGACCUCCCAUCGGACAAGGCCAAGUUUGAGAACUUCAACAAGGCGCUGCGCAUCACCAGCGUGUCCGAGGAAGACUCGGGGGAGUAUUUCUGCCUGGCCUCCAACAAGAUGGGCAGCAUCCGGCACACGAUCUCGGUGAGAGUAAAGGCUGCUCCCUACUGGCUGGACGAGCCCAAGAACCUUAUCCUGGCUCCUGGCGAGGAUGGCAGGCUGGUGUGUCGAGCCAACGGGAACCCAAAGCCCACUGUCCAGUGGAUGGUGAAUGGGGAACCUUUGCAAUCGGCACCGCCCAACCCAAACCGCGAGGUGGCCGGGGACACCAUCAUUUUCCGGGACACGCAGAUCAGCAGCCGGGCCGUGUACCAGUGCAACACCUCCAACGAGCACGGCUACCUGCUGGCCAACGCCUUCGUCAGCGUGCUGGACGUGCCGCCUCGCAUGAUGUCCCCGCGGAACCAGCUCAUCCGGGUGAUCCUGUACAACCGCACGCGGCUGGACUGCCCCUUCUUCGGGUCCCCCAUCCCCACACUCCGAUGGUUUAAGAAUGGGCAAGGGAGCAACCUGGAUGGUGGCAACUACCACGUCUACGAGAACGGCAGCCUGGAAAUCAAGAUGAUCCGCAAAGAGGACCAAGGCAUCUACACCUGUGUCGCCACCAACAUCCUGGGCAAAGCCGAGAACCAGGUCCGCCUGGAGGUCAAAGACCCCACCAGGAUCUUCCGGAUGCCUGAGGACCAGGUUGUCAAAAGGGGCACCACCGUGCAACUGGAGUGUCGGGUCAAGCACGACCCCUCCCUGAAGCUCACGGUCUCCUGGCUGAAGGACGACCAGCCGCUCUACAUCGGGAACAGGAUGAAGAAGGAGGACGACUCCCUGACCAUCUUUGGGGUGGCUGAGCGGGACCAGGGCAGCUACACGUGCGUCGCCAGCACGGAGCUGGACCAAGACCUGGCCAAGGCCUACCUCACCGUGCUAGCUGAUCAGACCACUCCAACUAACCGUUUGGCUGCCCUCCCCAAAGGACGGCCGGACAGACCGCGGGACCUGGAGCUCACCGACCUGGCCGAGAGGAGCGUGAGGCUGACCUGGAUCCCAGGGGAUGAUAACAACAGCCCCAUCACAGACUAUGUAGUCCAGUUCGAAGAGGACCAGUUCCAGCCAGGGGUGUGGCACGACCAUUCCAAGUUCCCAGGCAGCGUCAACUCGGCUGUCCUGCAGCUGUCCCCGUACGUCAACUACCAGUUCCGGGUCAUUGCUGUCAACGAGGUGGGCAGCAGCCACCCCAGCCUCCCGUCCGAGCGCUACAGAACCAGCGGGGCCCCCCCUGAGUCCAAUCCCAGCGACGUGAAGGGAGAGGGGACCAGAAAGAACAACAUGGAGAUCACGUGGACGCCCAUGAAUGCCACCUCCGCCUUUGGCCCCAACCUGCGCUACAUCGUCAAGUGGCGGCGGAGAGAGACUCGAGAGACCUGGAACAACGCCACCGUGUGGGGCUCCCGCUUCGUGGUAGGGCAGACCCCGGUCUACGUGCCCUACGAGAUCCGAGUGCAGGCCGAGAAUGACUUCGGGAAGGGCCCGGAGCCAGACACGGUCAUCGGUUACUCCGGGGAAGAUUAUCCCAGGGCUGCACCCACUGACGUUAAAAUCCGAGUCCUGAACAGCACAGCCAUCAGCCUUCAGUGGAACCGCGUCUACUCCGACACGGUCCAGGGCCAGCUCAGAGAGUACCGAGCCUACUACUGGCGGGAGAGCAGCUUACUGAAGAGCCUGUGGGUGUCUCAGAAGAGACAGCAAGCCGGCUUCCCUGGUGACCGCCUCCGGGGUGUGGUGUCCCGCCUCUUUCCCUACAGUAACUACAAGCUGGAGAUGGUUGUGGUCAAUGGGAGAGGCGAUGGGCCUCGCAGUGAGACCAAGGAGUUCACCACCCCGGAAGGAGUACCCAGCGCCCCCAGGCGCUUCCGAGUCCGGCAGCCCAACCUGCAGACAAUCAACCUGGAGUGGGACCACCCGGAACACCCCAACGGCAUCCUGACUGGGUAUUCUCUCCGAUACCUGCCCUCUCCUCCCACGUGGCCCCCGACCACGGUGGGUGCCACGGGCGCCGUGAGCAGUACCGAUGCUACUGCCACUGCUGCCGCCGCCACCGAAGCCACAACAGUCCCCAUCAUCCCAACUGUCGCACCUACCACCAUCGCCACCACCGUCGCCACAACUACCACCACCACUGCCGCCGCCACCAUGGAGAGUCCUCCCACCACCGGGACUAAGACACAUGAAUCCGCCCCCGACGAGCAGUCCAUAUGGAACGUCACGGUGCACCCCAACAGUAAAUGGGCCAACAUCACCUGGAAGCACAAUUUCGGGCCCGGAACUGACUUUGUGGUUGAGUACAUUGACAGCAACCAUACGAAAAAAACUGUCCCUGUUAAGGCCCAGGCCCAGCCUAUACAGCUGACAGACCUCUAUCCCGGGAUGACAUACACAUUGCGAGUUUAUUCCCGGGACAACGAGGGCAUCAGCAGUACCAUCAUCACCUUUAUGACCAAUACAGCUUACACCAACAACCAGCCCGACAUCGUCACCCAGGGCUGGUUCAUCGGGCUCAUGUGCGCCAUCGCCCUGCUGGUGCUGAUCCUGCUCAUCGUCUGUUUCAUCAAGAGGAGCCGUGGUGGCAAGUACCCAGGUAGGAUGUGUCAGGUUGUGCCUCUCCCUGAAGACCCCAAAGAAGAGGAUGGCUCGUUUGACUACAGUGACGAGGACAACAAGCCGCUGCAGGCGAGCCAGACGUCGCUGGACGGCACCAUCAAGCAGCAGGAGAGUGACGACAGCCUGGUGGACUAUGGCGAGGGCGGCGAGGGGCAGUUCAACGAGGACGGCUCCUUCAUCGGCCAGUACACGGUCAAAAAGGACAAGGAGGAGACCGAAGGCAACGAGAGCUCGGAGGCCACGUCGCCCGUCAACGCCAUCUACUCUCUGGCCUAGCGGAGCCCGGGCACAGCCACUGCUUUCCAAGUUGGGGGAGAGGCGCGGGGGCGACCGAGCCACCGCCACCUUCGUGGACAGGGUACAGCGUGGG